AUGUUCUUUCCUUCAUUGAUCCUGGCUGCUGGCAGCCUUUCCACUCUCAUUCAGGCCAUUCCCCAUGGCGCGAAGCCCCAUCACAACUUGCACCGUCGCGCCGCUGCUACCUAUGCUGUCAUGGGUGGUAACGGCGAUGUCUCCGACGGAUGGCCUUCCCUGAGCCAAUGGUCGGAGUACGACACUCUCUGGUCUCUCAACCAAAUUCUCAUUGCCGCAUCAUGCGACAACUCUGACGACGAAACAAGCGACAUAAACACUAGCAUUAAGUCACUCGCCAGCGAGACUGGCGUCGACGCUCGAUUCAUCCUUGCAAUUGUUAUGCAAGAAAGCAAGGGCUGCGUUCGCGUGCAGUCCACCGACAACGGCGUUCUGAACACCGGUCUCAUGCAAAGCCACGCAGGCGAGGGCACCUGCAAUACGGACGGCAGCUUGACAACUCCCUGCCCCGCCUCCACCAUCAAGCAAAUGAUCACCGACGGCACCGCUGGAACCGCCUCGGGCGAUGGUCUCAAGCAGUGCUUUGAGGCUCAGUCCGGCGCCACUGCGACCAAGUACUACAAGGCCGCGCGCACCUACAACUCUGGCUCCAUCGACUCAUCCGGCAACCUCGGCGCGGGCGGCGCAACCCACUGCUACGCCUCUGAUAUCGCCAACCGUGUCCGAGGUUGGGCCGGCGAUGUGAGCGAGUGUGUUGAAUCUACCAUUGCAUCCAUCACUAGCGGCGCAGAGUCGCUCCUCAGUGGUGACGACGACUCGAGCAGCUCCUCCACCACAGAGGCUGCGGAGACUACCCAAACUUCUUCCUCCACUGUUGCUGAGCAGACCACCUCGACUGCCGAGCCUAUUCAAACAUCCACUUCUGUCGAAGCCGCCCAGCCAACCGAGACAUCGUCCGCCGCAUCCUCCGCGACCACCUCCGUGGAAUCUGCCGCCACCUGGGCCUCCACAGUGAACGUGCGUGUCGCCACGCAGACCGCCACCGCCACCCCAUCCUGGACAACCAAGUCCGCGCCAGCCGCGACAUCUUCAGCAGCAGCCACUAGCUCAUCAUCCUCAACAGCCCCUAUCUACCCAUACGCCACCUCGUCAUGCCAGAAGUACUACACCAUCACGGAAGGUGACUUCUGCGCAAAAUUGACCGAUGCAUACGGAAUCUCCUUCGAGGAACUCCGCAGCAUUAACACUGGCCUCGACGAGAACUGUUCUGAUCUGUGGCUCGGAUAUCAGUAUUGUGUUAAGGCUUAA